AGCCAGCGAUGGCUUCGCUGAGGCAGGAGCACCACUAUGGGCUCUCCUGUGGAAAAAUUAACAAAAACAGCCCAAACAAGACGCUUUACCACGUCAAGCUCACCGACUCAGCCAUCAGAGCGCUGGAAGCCUACCAGAACCUCAAGGGAUCCUUACCAAGUCAACCUUCUAUCUGUUUCAAAGGAAAUCAAGGGUACAUCAAGAUCCCGGCUCCCACUCCAGAAUCGCCUUCUGCUCUACGUGUCUUCUCCUUCUACCUGUCGAGUGACAGCAAAGACCAGCCUCAGGCCAGCUUCGACUGCAUCCACCAAUAUGUUUCAAGUGAGGGCCGGGAGCAGCUGGAAGGCCAAGGCAGCAUCCAGGACAAGAUCACAGUGUGUGCCACAGACGACUCAUACCAGAUGACCCGGGAGAGGAUGUCCCAGGUGGAGAAGGACAGCUGGAGCCGCUCUGCUAUCGAGAUCAAACCUGGAGCCACACAUCCAAGUAAAUGUGUCAAGUUGCAGAAGAGGUCAGCUCCUCUGUCUGCCUCAGACAGCAGCUUCCAUCGGUACUCUCCCAACAACCGGCGGAACGGCACUGUGGCCCUGCUGACCCAGAAGCCCCUGAGGGAGCGCAUCAUCCAUCUGCUGGCCCUCAAGCCCUACAGGAAACCAGAGCUGCUGCUGUGGCUGGAGAGAGAGCGAGCCAGUCCUAAGGAUAAGGCCGAGCUGGGUGCCGUGCUGGACGAGGUGGCCAAAGUGAAUCCCAAAGACAGCAGCUACCUGCUGAGGGACGAUUUCUACAAGCACGUGCAGAGGGACUGGCCAGGCUAUGCCGAGGAGGAGAGGCAGAUGAUCAGCAGGCUGCUGGCCAGGAAGUUACAGUUACACACCAGCAGCCAGUCAAGGAGUGUCCAAGCGAGUCCAUCUGUACAGAAGACCUCAGAGGAUUCAGCACUGCAUCACAGCACAGGGAAAAAUAAUGCAGUGAAACGCCCAGUGCCUUCAGACUCACUGGAAAGCCUAGCUGUUAAGAGACAAAGACUCGCAGACCAGAGGCUGCAGCAACAGCAGCCACCUGUAAACGGACUCUUGAACAAUAAAGGAGGACGAGACAAUGCAGCUCUCUCUCUCAACCCCAGUUUCCAUACAAAGACUGAAUUUCAAAGGACAAAUAAUCAUGUCGGGAACCAGAGUGGCUUCCCAGCAGGCCAAAAUGGCUUCCCACUUAUGCACAAACUGUCCAGCUCCUCUGACGCACCUAUGUCGGAGAUCAAGAAGCAAGCACCCAAAGUGAGCAGCCACGAGCCGCCGCAGGGCGACUCUGACUGCACAAACCAGCAACUUGCCAACAGCCAGCACAGAAAGAAGAAAUCUAAAAAGCACAAGGACAAGGAGAGGGAGAGGUUAAAAGACAGCCAGGGCAGUGAAUGGCUGGAGGCCAGUCCUGAUCUCAAGCAGAAGCCCAGCAAACUUGACAAUCCUGACAUCACAAAUGCCAUGGCCUCUGAGGAGAAGCCGGAUUACGUGCUGACAUACAGCACCAUAACCAGUGUGGAGCAGCGUCAGAGGUAUCAGGACGACUUCUGUGCCGAGUAUGACGAGUACAAAGACCUCCACUCGAGGAUCGCCACCAUCACUCACAUGUUUGUUCAGCUGGGGUCCAAGAUCAAGAGCCUGUCCCCUGGCACACAAGAACAUAAGAUUAUGGAAGACCAAAUACUGGAGAAGUACAGGAAGUAUAGAAAGAAGUUCCCAGGCUACCGGGAGGAGAAGAAGCGCUGUGAAUACCUUCACGAGAAACUGUCCCACAUAAAACAGCUCAUCACAGACUAUGAUGUCACUCAGGUGUCUUCAUAGCCUUGGCUGCCCCUCCUCUGUUUGGACCGCUGAUUUUCUUGCGAUGGGAGGUCCUAAUCUGCAUAAAGAUCAAAGGUUUCAACAGAGGUAUUUUCACAUUAGAGCCCUAUAAGAGCUCUGGGAUGAGACUGCGAAGCUCGACACAAGAUGGCUGUCACUGAGACCAUGGAUGAUGACGAUGAUGAUGAUGAUGAUGUGUCCACCAAUUAUUAAAACACAGUUGUUGGUUUUUUUUUUGUUUGUUUGUUUUUUUAAUUUUGCUUUUUUUCCCUCCCAAAGUAAUCACUACUGUCAGAUGUCAUAUUGAUGUAAAAAGCCCAAGAAAGGUAAAGAAAAAAUGUCUCAGCCCCUCAGAGACUUUCCAAUCAGUUAUCUCAGAAAGGAUCAUAUUACCAUGACCGGUUCAUCAUCGUAUCAUUUUUGUCAGCCCUGUUCAAACCAAUGUCAGUGUCAGCCAUUUGGUCCUAAAUAUAUCACAAAAAAGAAGUAUUUAUCAACCAUUCCCUUUACUUUUGAAUGAUGGUUAAGGGACCAAACAGACUAGCCUUGAUGACUGAUGGCACAAAUUUGGUGGAGAAAAGACACUGAAUUUUUGCCUCUCCACUCUGUCAACUGGUAAUUAGUUUUGUACCACCAUGUUAAGUGUAAAGUAUUUUCACACAGUGGGCGUUAAGUGUCUCUCUUUCUCAUUCUCUUUAUGCUCUGAACUACUGAUGUAUUUAUUUUAAGCAGCCUUCUUCUGCCCUGUUUUUUUUUUUUUUUUUUUUUUUUUUUUUUUUGAUGUGUUAUUCUGCUCUGCUUAGCCUGAAAUGUCACGUCUUAUCAGAUCAAAGUGUUUUUUAUGCAAGCAGCUACAAGAACAAGGUGGGAGAGCUUGUGAAUAGAUGAAAGAUUCACCUAGCCUAAUAUAUUGCAUAUUUUGUCUCGUGUUUAACUGAGGCAGUUAUGAUUUGUCAUUCAGAGUCACUGGGCAGAAGAUGUCCUUGAGUGCUAAAGUCUUCUAACCAUUAUUGUUGAAAUGGCAAAAAAAAAAAAAAAAAAACAUGGCCUCAGAUGGGAGCAUAGUGGCCACUUUACCCAACACUUAUGACAAGUUGGUCUUCAGGGAAAUACGGAGCCAUAUAGGUAGGAAAUUUAGAUUUGCCGGUAUGUCAUAAUGUCAUAGCCAGUUGUGGUACUUGGGAAUUUUAAGCACUAGCCUGGAAGGCUUUGUAACCUUCCAUUUCCAUGGUUAAUCAUUGCUGCCCAUUCAGUUUCUGGGAAUUUUGCACUACACCCACAUUGGGGAAAAAAAUGGGGCCCGCAGGCUAGACAAAUUUCCAGCCAGAUUGUAACCGCUUACAUUGUGGUUAUAGAUUUUUGUACUGAAUGUUCACACACAGUCGACGAUGUAGAAGCCUUAAGAGUAUACUUUUGUAGGACUCACUUUUCAAACAAGCUGCCAAUAUCACAAAUGUCAUUAUCCACAUACAUCUCUCUAUCUGCCUUACAUUAUUAGUGUUAGCUGUUUAAAAAACUAUCUCAGCCGUGACACGGCUCUACAGUAAAUGCCUCUCUUAAUAACAGCUCUCUGACCUAUAUUUAAAUAUUACUCUGGAGGAUAUAUUUAUGAGUUUCUUGAUUGAAAGUGUUUCCUUUGAAAUUAUUUUUCAGUGCAGAGAUUGAUAAAAGAUUGGCUGUAUUGACAUGGCUUACUAUCAGUUGCAUUUAUUAUUCUUCAGGUACUUUUUUAAAUCAUUUAUCACAAAGCUAAGAUGAGGCCAAAGUCAGCCUACCAUAAGGAAUACCACAGUGGUUUGCACCUCUGAUGGCAUUUCUAUCUAAAUGACUUGGCUAUGAGCACAUGGAGCAAUUUGAUUGAAAGACUUAAGUAGUUUGUGGUCUCAUUUAAAGCACAAAGAGCUGACUGUUUUAAAAUAAGAUGACUCAAUCACUUUCAAGUGCGGGGGUGAUAAUUACGAGAUGGACUUUGGAUGGAAAAGGUGUGAUAGUGUUCAUUAUAGUUCAAAGUGCCACAGUGGUUGAUUGAAGGCCAAAAUGAACUGUGGAUUGUCAAGUAUGAUAAAAGAAACACUGGUUUCGAGUCAGAAUUUUACAUUCAGAAAUCACAAAAUGAAUUUUAUUCAUCUGUAAAAGUCAUUUACUCACAUACAGAUAACUGGCUCAUAAGUUGUUUCUUGUUUUUAAGAUAUGAGCACAGAUCCUGUAGAAGCUCACACGUGUGUACUGCACAGUAGGUGUUUUUAUUUACCAUAUACCUGCUGAAGGGAAAUCUAAGCUCCAUUUUAUUCACAGGUAGAGUGAACAGAGACUGUGCAUUGAAUUGCAUUGUUUAUUAAUUACAUUUUUCAAAUGGAUACAUUCUCUUGUCUUGUUGUACCAAGUUAAAACAAUAAAAACCUCAAAGUGA